UUUAAAAUAAAAUGCAAGAUUUAUGUCCGUUGUGUUUAAAAAAUGGAUCGAAGAAAAAAAUUAAAUUAUUACAGAUUAAUUUACAAGAAGCUGUAUGGUUAUGCGAAGAAGAAAAGUGUACAUGGCCCUUUGGCUGCGAAAAUUUUGUAUUUUCUCCCAGGUUAGUGGGAAAGAUGUGGUCUUGUUAUUGGGACGAUAAUGUGCCAGUAAGAUUAAAAGAAAAUAUAUCAGUAAAACCACCUAUACGUAAUGCAUCUACAGCACUUAUUAAGGACAUAUCAACAGAAUGCAUUAGUUUUAUUUUAGAUACAAAUCCCUCAGAAAAUAUUAAUAUUAUGACCCAUGAUGUAAAUACAAUAGAUGCAAAAUAUAAUAAUAAGGAUUUAAAUAUUUCUAUUCAGGAAGAGCCAAACAUAAUAUCACAGAUUAAUACAAAAAGGACACAUAAUGUGCAUAAUAAAACUUGCAGUAAAAGUACAGAUAAUCUAAAAUCAAUUGAUAGUAACGUGCAGUUGGAUAAUGAUAAAAUGAAAAUUGAGAACAUCAAAAAUAAAUGUGAGAAUGUAUUAAAUAAACAUAUUAAAGAACAAAAUGUUAGGUAUGCACAAAAUACUAAUACUAUAAAUAAUGUAAGAAAAAUAAAAAAAAUUGAAAAGUCAACUAUUGAUACCUUUAGUGGCAAAACAAAUAACAAAAUUUCUGUGCAUCAAGAUAAACAUAAAAACAUUUCAAAUAUCAAUACAAAUAUAAACAUAGAACAUAAUUUAUCAUCACCGCUGACUGAUACAGUCCAGUCUAUCACUCAUUCAUCGCAACACAAAGAAUUAUCAAAGUUAGAAUCACCUAAAAAUGAGUUACUUAAUGAAGCAACAAAAACAAAAUCUAAUUUAAAUGUGACUAUGAUGAAAAUAGAUGGUUUGCCACCCAUAACAUUAUCAUUUGAAAUUCCAGUAUCUACACCAGUUUCUGAAACAGUAACAUGUAAUAUAGAACAAAAUGAUUGCAAAACAAAUGUUACAGGACAUAUGACCCAUACCAAUACUUUAGGUACAAAAAAUAUAUCCACAAAGAAAAAGAUAACUAGUGGUAGACUGUAUGAAAAAUUCAGUUUCACUGCUAUUAAGAAAAAAAUGGAAACAAAUAAUUCCAUUGAUGUAAAAAGUAAGAGUAAUAAUGUCCCAAAUAUAAAAUCAACUAUUAAGACAGAAGAAAUACAAAAUAAUUUAAUAAAUAAUGUGAAGCAAGAGAAAGAUUGUAUUGAAAAUUUUCAUGACAAUCAAAGUACUAUAAAUUAUAAUAAAAAUUGUAAACAAAUAACUUCUGUUACAAAUGUAACUAAUGAUUAUACAUUAAAUGAAGUUAAUAAGUAUGAACCAAAUUUACCAAAUCAAGAGGAUGUAUCAAAUAGUCAAGAAACUAUAUCAGAUACUACACUAAAUUCUACUGCAAAUAUAGAAAAUGUCCUAACAGAUUUCUUAAUUAAUGAUUACAGUGUUUCUGAAGAUAUUAACGACGAAUGGAUAAAUUCUUUGUUAAGCUAACAUUAAAUAUAACACAUAAUUAUUAUACCUUAUUUAACUAAAAUAAUACUACAAUAUUCUAU